CCGCAAAAAAGUGAAGUUAUGUUUCUAUUAGGGGCUUAAUAUUGCGUGGGUACAUACAUUAUGUGGGAUCAUUCCAAUAGUAUAUUUUUUAGAAGUCAAAUUCUGGUGAAAGGCACUAGAGUGUAAUAUAGUAUAAGCAUUAUUUGCGAGAGGUUUCCAGGUUAAGGCAAAAGGGAAUACCUCUUUCACAUAGCUUCUCCAUUAUACAUGCAAAGAAAGAAGUAUCCAAAUACAGUAGCUGCAGAGUGCAGACAGUGGCAGAUGUAGUACGCCUGCUGAGAGAGAUCUUCACUUUCUGCCUCAGAAUAUAUAUGAACCUCAGCUUCAAUAUAUGUCAAUUAUCAACAUAUUUACGGAUCAUUCUACUCAUUGAAGUCCGUAGAAGAAAGUCUUUUGUAAGGUAACAUUUUGGAUAGAAACAAGACCAAGAGUUCCAUGGAAGGAAACUAUGUGACCAGAAACAUGCAUAAAGGGGAGAGGUUUGGGUUUGAGGAGCAUUCAUGGGGUAGUUCAUGGACUGCUAGAAAUUAUGCUUGUAGCUUUUGCAAGAGAGAGUUCAAGUCCGCUCAAGCCUUGGGCGGCCACAUGAAUGUUCACAGAAGGGAUAGGGCAAGACUGAGAUCUUCCCUACCCUCAUCAUGGGUUUCUGAGUCUCCUAAACCUAACCCUAGCAUUAAACCUAAUAACCCUUACCCAACUCAUCUUUCACCCUCCUCUCCAUCAUCUUUUCUAUCUAAUAAGCUUUUGAAUUGUGCACAUAUUUCUCCACUUUGUAGCCCUCCUUUGGCUUUGUCUUCUUCACUGACCCCAGCUUCAUCUAAUGGAGAUAAGAAACCAAGACUUCUUCCUCUUUCGAUUCCUCAAAGCAGUGAAGAAAUUAAGACGAGUAAGAACACAGGAAGUGGUUUAGGAGUUGAAGAAGCACAGGGUUGUGUAAUAGGAGAGGAACACAAGGGUUUCAAUUUCAAGAGUAAUGAGCAUAACAUCAAGCUGGAGUUGGGGAUAGGACUGCUUAAACAACCAAAGGAGAAGUUAGAUUUGGAGCUACGAUUGGGGCACUUCUAGCUUGCUAGCUAUGUGGCUUGGUGCAAUUUAUAAAACAAAUAUCUAGCUGAUCUGCAAGUCUGCAACUUCAAAUUUGUUUUAACUUCUUGCACCAGUAAUUUUUUUUACCCAUUUAUGUUUUUUUUUUUAUUCUAUUCUGCAUUUUAAGUACCUUAUAUUUUGUGAGCACUCUUUUAAGGUUGCAAAUUUGCAAUAGUUCUAUAUUUUUGUUGUUUUCUUUUGUGAUCCAAGGUUCGUAGAAUUGAAAAUCAGUUUGGUGUAAUGGCCAAGUGAAAAAAAAAUUAAAGGCAAAAACUAAAAAUUACAAAGGAGAUGAAAC